AUGGGUAUAACCAGUCGUUGGUUAGACGUCGAAGUUGGAACAGAUGAAAUAGAACUUAAUUCCUUGCCUUCGAAUUUGGGGCUGAUUGAUCUCCAAAAUGACAAUGAAUUUAAAUUACUUGUUGGUGACUUGGGGCGCGGAGAUGAAAUACCUAAAUUAAAGGUAUUCAAAGGAGCAAUGCAAACAUCAGAUUUAGUGCUGCCUGAUUUGCCAUUAGGCGUUGUAGGUUUCUAUACAAGUGAGACGAUGCCACGCUCAUUUCCUGUUGUAGCUGUUGCAAUGAGUUCAUGUGUUUACAUAUAUCGAAACAUGAAAUUGUUUUAUAAAUACUACCUGCCCUCUGUGGAGCUUAAUUCCUGUGAGGUAGAGAUUUGGAAACAGUUAAUGGAACCACAUAACCAGAAUGAAGAAGCCUUUAAGGCUCUUACAACAAGUCUACUAUCUAUACCACAAAAAGUUCUAAGCAACCAAUCUCAGAAUUUUCUUAGUCUUGAUUUUGAACAGAGACUUGAAUAUUUACAACAGAUGACAGAGUUACCAGGUUGUAAAAAUUCAGAAAUUUCUUGUAUCACAGCCUUAAAAAUGAAUUCAGUAGAUAAGUAUGCUGCAAAGUUAUAUACAAUAAAGAAAAUACCUUUCCAAAUGAUUGCAACUGGGCUUUACAAUGUUGACUACAGAAUAACUAUAGCUACAAGGGAGAAAUCAGUGUGUCUACUUAAAAGGGACUGGAAGGAGGGUCAAUUGCUGUUCAGAACUGAUGAGCACAUCAUAGCUAUUGAAGUUUCAAACAUAGACAAUAGUAUAUUUGUCAUAUGCUGUGACAAUACCUUUGCGUGUUAUAGUAAAAAAGGUAAAAAACAAUGGUCAUUAACUCUAGAGCACCGGCCAGUAGCUUUGACUCUGGUACCUAUCAUGCAAUUGGGAACCACGCUGACGGCGGUCGCAUUAGCCUCGGGCCAUUUACACUUAUAUGACGGUAAAGCUCGCAGAGAUACUAUGUUUAUAAGAGAAGUUGUAUCGGUGAUGAAGUUCGGUCAGCUCGGUAAAGAGGAGAAUGUUUUCAUAAUUAUAACUGCUACCGGCAAUCUGAUGCUAAAAAUACUGAAGCGCACGGCGGAUUUCAACGCGGACGCGGCCAGUGUGGAAGCCGGCCCGAACCACUGCUCCGCGAACAAACCUUGGCUCAUACCUAAGAAGUCCAAACUGUUCCUCGAACAGUCUGCCAGGGAACGGGAGAACGCUGUCGCUAUGCACGAGGCGUUCCAGCUCGAUCUGAACCGAUUACGGCUGCUGGCCGCGAAAACCCUACUGGAGACGCACGUUAAGUCGGACAACUCCAUAGCUGUCGGAGCAUUAGAGCCAAUCAGGCUCUCUGCUGAGGUGGAGGGCCUGGGCCCUGUAUUUCGUGUGACCCUUAUAAUAGAGAACACGUCCAGUGAGAAGGCUGUUAUGGGACUGGCGCUGCUCUUCCACGUACAUACCAACUGCUACAAGGUUUCAAAACCGUAUAUAAAGGUACCUCUCCUCUCCCCAAACAGCCAGCUUAAACUGCCGACGAAAAUCGAAGAAGUAUUUGAAGAGAAUCUUAAUCCGGAAAUAUUAUUAAGGACUGUCACUGGGCAAGGCGGGGAGAGGUCGCUUUUAAAAAUACUACUGCUGAAGGAGGGGAGGAAGACCCCAGUGUUGGCUGCUACGGUCCAAAUGCCCCCCCACCGACCCCAUGAUGAUCCCCUACGAUAA